GUGCCGUACUGCGUUACUGUUAGCGCUAACUACAGUUCUGCUGGUAACAGAUACACAAAAAACAAACUCAUUUACAGGAUUUCUCAUCGCAAAUUGCUUCCUUAUAUAGGUUACAUACGAUAUUUGAUUUGCUGUUGAAAUGGGUCGAAGUAGGAGCAGGACUCCGCCAAGACGAGAGAGACGCCGUUCCCGCUCCACCUCCAGAGAGCGCGAGCGAAGGCGAAGGGAGAGGGAACGGUCUCGCUCUCGAGACAGGGACAGACGGAGAAGCCGUUCACGUUCUCCUCACAAGAGACGUUCAAGGUCUCCCCCUAGACGCCACCGCUCCUCUUCCAGCUCUCCUGUGAGACAAAAAGACAGACGAGAGGAUGAACGGAAGGAAGUCAAAGAAAAGUCAAUUCAAAUCUCAGAGGAAGAUAUGCAAGGCAAAACGGAGGAGGAGAUUGAAAUGAUGAAACUAAUGGGAUUCAGUUCUUUUGAUACCACUAAGGGGAGGAAAACUGAUGGCUCAGUCAAUGCACAUGCUAUCAAUGUGUCCCAGAAGAGAAAAUACAGGCAGUACAUGAAUAGAAAAGGUGGAUUCAACAGACCGCUGGACUUCAUUGCUUAGAUGUUGAAAUAUCUCGACCAGAUAAGCAAGAAGUAUUCCUUUGAUUACUUCUUCACAACAGUGACUGCUUUAGUGACACUCAUUUUUUCCUGUUAUUUUUCCGGUGGUUUUGUGCAUUGAAAACAUCGUGUAUGUACCUUUCUGGAAGAACUCAAAAGUGUAAAUAUGUGUUUAGCUGUCCACGGCUGAGUAAGGAUCAAGGAUUUUAUGUAGACAUAAUGCAUGGAUCUGUUUAUUGGUUUGUAAGGUGUUUUCAUUGAAAUAAAAUGCUUUAGAAUUGUGUAGCUUCCAUAAUUUCUUUUUAAAAAAGAAAUAGCACUGACAGUAUUGUUUUUGCACCUUCUUUUGUCAUAUGCUUUACUUUUAUUACAUUUUACAGACCACAGUCAAAAUGACCUAUAUUGUUAAGUAUUAUUAAAUACCAUGUGCUCUAAGAACAUAUGGCUUUGCAAGUAUGAGUAGAAAAGUAUGACUGAAUACCAGUUAAUCAUUUAAGAAUUAAUAAAGAUGUGA